AUGGCCCAAAUCUCCGCUCCAGACCCCACAAUACAAGGUGCUGGCCGCCUUGCGCCGGAGGGAGCGCCAGAUCUUUUGCGCCUCUCUCCUGUUCGUCGUUCAGGCUCGCCGCUCCGAAGAAAGCAAAUCAGCGAGCUUGAGAGCGCAAAAAGACCCCGGCUGGUGAGCCCAAGGGCGUCCCGGACAGACCUUGAAGGUUCUACAAGCUCUCGGCGAAGUCUUCUGCCGCACAAAAUGGCUCGAUUCGAGAACCUGCCGCCGGAGCUGGCCGAUCUGACCUUACAUACUUUAGUUGAGCUGGUGGAUAGAGUGGCUAGUACAUUUGCAUCAACAGCGACGUCACUCCGUGACAUGAAGCUUCUGCAACAAGAAUUGGCAGAUGAAAUGGCUCAAAUGCGGAGAAGCAUUCAGUCGUUGCAGAAAGACGUUGCGUGGCUUAUAGAACAAGCAAAAGACAAAAAGUGA